CACAUCUCCCGCACGCGACGACGCACAGCCUAAAAAGCUCGAUGCUGCUGCUGCUGCGGCCGCUGGAUUUUUCUAAUGCUCCAGAGGAACCCGCGAACUUUGAGGCUUCAAGGAUGUUCUUCUCGGAUGGGACUCUCUCAGCCGUCAGUAGUGCGCUCCUGUUGGGAAUAACGUGCCUCGCCGCGCUCUGCGACCUCACCCAGGGCUCCUCGGACCUCUCAGGUUACCUGUCCAAAGUGUUGAGGAACUACACUGAGCAGGCCUGUGAAGGGGACCUCCUAUCCGUUCGCUGCCCGCCACGCACCACCAUCACCGUCCAAUCAGCUUUCUACGGGAGGAGGGGUGCCUCUGACCCCCAGCAGUGCCCUCAGACCUACCAGGCCCUCCUUAGCUCUUACAACGCUCAGGAGGAUGUUCGAUAUUGUUCUGUGUCCACCGCUCUACAGAAGAUGCUGGACGAGUGCCAGGACAGAAGGAGCUGUCAAGUCCUUGUCAACAGCCGCGUGUUCGGGACGGACCAGUGUCCCGGCAUCAGUAAAUACCUCAUUGUCUGGUACAAAUGCCGACCGAACGAGUAUAAGAGCAAGGUGGUUUGUGAGGAGGAGAGGAUGAGGCUGAGCUGCAAGCGGGGCAUGCAGAUCGCCAUCUACUCCGCCAUGUUUGGCCGAACGCAGCAGGGCACCCUGGAGUGUCCCCUCCAUCACCUGAGGGCGCCGUCAGUAGACUGCCAGUCGUCUGUGGCUCUGCAGGUCCUCACCGCCCGCUGUCAGGGCAAGAAGAGCUGCCUGGUCCGAGCCUCCACCAGAGACUUUGGAGAUCCGUGUUACUCCGGCACCAGGAAGUACCUCAGCGUCAUCUACACCUGUGUCCCAAAGAAGUUGCUCCAGGAGCAGAGCCCCAGACCACCGGUGUUCUCCCCUCCCCCAGGUGCCCAUGACCCCAACAUAGUGGGAGACGGUCCUCCGGAGGGGAACUCGGUCAAAAGCCCUGACGCUGUCCCAGAUAAGAAGAAGGUCAGGGAGACGGACCCCAACGAGGAGAAGGCUCAAGACGCUGAGAGAGGAGGAGGAGGAGGAAGACGAAGAGGAGGAGGAGGAGAGGAAAGUGCGCUGCGGCCCAGAGACAUGAAUCCCAUCAUCAACUCCACCUCCAGCGCCAACAUGGCUCUCAUCAGCAACGCACUGGCAGCCUACACCUACGUAUCAGACCACCCAGAGAGGGCAGCGCUCUUCUUCGUCUGCGGCGUGUGUCUGGGCCUCUUCCUCACGCUCUUCGCCCUGGUGGUCCAGAUCUCCUGUCGCACCGACUGCAAGACCCGCAAGCAGCCCCCCGCCAAGAAGCGGCCCCGUCCCACCGACACCUCGUCCGACUCCAGCGACUCGGACUCGGACUGGGAGACCACCUCGGACCUGUCGGCGCGGAGACACCGGCGGUUCGAGCGCACGCUCAACAUGAACGUGUUCACGUCGGCGGAGGAGCUGGAGAGGGCGCAGCGGCUCGAGGAGAGGGAGCGCAUCAUCCGGGAGAUCUGGAUGAACGGGCAGCCGGACAUCCCCGGGACACGGAGCCUCAACCGGUAUUACUGAGGCUCUUCAUAGGAAGAUCACAUGACUUGAACGCACUUGGCUCGGAGGCGAGGCCCCCGGACGAGGGCCACACAACCGUGGACUCGCUCGUGAGAAACAGUGGAAGUUACUGCAGACCUGGAAAGAAAGUCCUCCCUCUCCGCCGGUUGGUAUAUUCCUCUGGGUGUCAUAAGCUAUACCCCAUUUAGAAAGAGAAUAAGCUCUCUGCAUGGUCAGCUCAGCUCCCGGCCUCUUCUCUCCGAUGAGAGAGAGGGUGAAAGGCUACACUGCCUCGCCCGUGACCUCCGCAGGCCUUUUUGAAGUGGGGGGGGGGGGGGAUUUAUGGGGUCGGAUGCCUUCACACUGGCCCACAGAGACUACAUGCUGACUGAAGGACCGGGGCCUCAGAUGGGUCUGCUCUAUACGGACCGUGGAGCAGCUGCAGGAGACACUUGGGGCUUCACGCUCAGAAGAACCCUCCAGUAUUUAAGUGUGGACAUUAACGGAGGAGGCGGGGCUAAGCUGAACGCAGCUUGUAAGACAAUCUCUCCACAGUGGGAAACAAACAAAAAAACCAUGCUGCCUUUUGAACUUUCAAAAAACCAAAAGAUUAUUUUUUUUGGGAGGGGGGGGGGGGGGGGGGGGGACUUCAUCUCAACCCUUAUGAAAUAUAUUUUAUGAUAUUUAAUAGUUUAUUGAUGUUGUGUAUUGUUUUGUUCUCAAGUAUGGUUUGUUACGAGCUAUUUUUUUUUUAUACCUGGCGAAGGUUGUCCGGCACCUCAGGGAUGCAAUCCUCGUGUUUCUGUGUUUCUUUGAGUGACGUCUGCGCUUCCUAAGAAGUGGAUCGGCCCGUUUCAACAGCUGUGUCAGCAUUUAAAUACAAAAAAUUAAAAUUAAAGAUGUCAUAUAAAGAGCCUCCAAGAGGAUGAUUCAGCGAUUUUAACCUUAUUUUUGAUACCCGAUGUUUGAUAUACACUGCAGUGCCUUCGCUAUACUUUUCAAGAGUGCAGCUCCGGUCAUCGCUCGGAAACUGGUCAAAUGAUUCUUAUAGAUUGGAAAGAAAAACACCAAAUUUAUCUGGUCGUACAUGUAUUCCCGUCUAACUGUCGCUGGAGUGGAGCACGUGUAAAAAGCUGAAUGUCUCAAAUGUCAAAAUUUGCACUUGUCGUCUCAUCAGAUGGAAAAAAAUGUCGUAAAUAUGCCAAUUGUUGUUCAAGUGGAUUUGUUUGGAAAUUGUCUUUUCUCACAGAUUAUAGUGAAUGUCAGAUGUUGGCCUUCUUCUUCUUCUUCUUCUUCUACUUCUUCUUCUUCUACUUCUUCUUCUUCUUCUUCUUCUCAAAGAUACCUGUGCUGCACAGAUGCUCGUGGUGAUCGCCUGCUCACGGCCGUCUGAAGAAGGAACGAGCGCUGCAGCAUCUGCUCCUCGUAAAUCACGUCGCCAGUUAUAUCGUCACAAUAUAAGCUAUUGUCAAUCCAGCUCUGUGUUGUUUUGUGCUGCCCUGGAUUCAAGCAUAGGAAAAGUAAAAAAAAUAUAGUUUUCAUUUAAGAAAAAGGAAGCUUGGUUAGAGUUUUAACUGAGAGCACACGGGACAUAUUGGGGUCAUCCACGUAAAGCCUGCCACUCAAUGUAGGUUAUCUUUUAAUAAAGACAGCUCUUGUGUUGUGACUUUGAAUGGGAUUCAAAUGUGCCAAUAGCUGGUGAAGUGAGACCAAAAUAUGACUCCUGUGCUUUGAAUAAACU